AAUCGUUCUUUCAAUUUUAAAAUUCUUACAGCUUUUGAGCUGAUUGAUAGGAUUUUAAAAUAAUAAAUGCAUUUUGAUUGAUUUCACGAACUGAAGCAGUAAUCAGAGUCACAAAGAUCAGAGCAAAACCAAUCGAUUAAUUUCAAAAACAUUACAUCAAUGGCUAGCAAUAAUGUAGGAGGAGAAGAGCAAUUGCAGAAGAUGGCGGAAUUGAGCAAAACCCUAAAACAAGGAGAAAGAAUUCUGGCGCCCACCCGAAGACCCGACGGCACCCUCCGCAAACCCAUUCGUAUUCGGGCCGGGUAUGUUCCCCAAGAGGAAGUCGCCAUUUACCAGUCUAAAGGUGCCCUGUGGAAAAAGGAGAUGGCAUCACAAGUAGUGCCUCCAGGUUAUGAUCCACCUGCAGAUGCAAAACCAAAGACCAAGUCGGCAAAGAGAAAUGAACGAAAGAAGGAGAAACGGCUACAAGCUGCUCUUGAAAAGGGUAAGAACUUGGAAGAAGUGUCAGAUGACGAGAAUACAAGAGAGGAUGUACCCGAGGAAGAUCUAGAUGGUUCAAAGUCUGCUAAAUCAUUGACAUCUCAGAUGAGUGAUCUUGCAUUUUCCCCAAACCCUGUAUCAACCUCGCCUCCCUCAAACACAGUGGAGGCCUCAGAUGCUGGGGCACCAGUUCUAGAUCUUGAUAAAAAGAUUCGAGCACUUAAAAAGAAGAUUCGGCUAGCAGAAGCUCAACAACAGAAAACACCACAGCAAGAUAUGAAGCCAGAACAGUUGGAAAAGUUGGCAAAAGUGGAAGGUUGGCGUGAGGAGCUAAAGCUUUUGGAGGGUAAAAAGGCUGAAUUGGCUGCAUUGUGAGUUUUACGUUUCCAUCUCUGAAGAAACCGUGUGGUUCAUUUACAAUUUUAUGGGAUGCAAAAAAGAAAAAAAAAACUGCAUUUUGGAACAAUGAUCAAUCUAUCAAGUUUUCCUUCUGAAAUUGGCAUGUCAGUUUGCGUUGUUGCAUAUGACCAUGUUUAAUCAGUACUCUUGUUCCCCUGCCAUUGCACAUCGAUGAUUUGAUA